AUGAGGGAAGCUAAUCCAGGGUCACACACGUCUUUUGAAAGGGAUUCUAAAAGGAGAUUCAUAUUCCUCUUCAUCUCCUUUGGUCAGAGUCUUCGCGGUUUCUAUGCUGCAAUUCGGAAAGUUAUUGUUGUGGAUGGGACGUUCUUGAAGAGAAAAUACAAAGGGGUAUUACUGGUUGCUACUUCAUUAGAUGAAAACUCGAAUUUAUAUCCUAUUUCAUUUGGAGUUGUCGACUCAGAGAAUGACCUCGCGUGGAACUGGUUUAUGAGACAACUUAAUGUGGUCAUUGCUGACGAGCAUAGUUUAGCUUUUGUGUCUGAUAGGAGUUCCUCAAUUGCUAAAGCUAUUGCUAACGUGUACCCUGGGAAAGGUGUGGCUGGUUUGGUUUCAAAGGCUUCUAAAGCGUAUCGAGCUGCUGAUUUUCGUAAGUUGUUCACUGCUAUUUACUCUAUUAGUCCUGAAAUUGGAAAUUAUCUCAUAGAAGCCGAUGUGAGGAAGUGGGCUCUUUGUCAAUUCCUGGGUUACAUGUAUGAUAUCAGCACAACUAACCAUGCGGAGUCGAUAAAUUCUGCUUUGCGUACGCCUAGAGAGUUUCCAGUAAUACUUCUAUUGGACAGCAUCAGGGAAAUGAUGACUCGAUGGUUUUCCCAAUGUAGAACUUUAAGUUCUAAGCACUCGAAGCCACUGACCAUUGUUGUGGAGAAGAAGAUUGACAGAAGGAUUGAGAAGCACGCCAUAAAAGCAGGCUUCAGUGUUGGAAUACAAGCACACACACUCACGGACGACAUAUACACUACUGCGUCAUGGCACACAGCUUAUGAAGAAAGCAUAAAUCUUAUUGGUGUCCCUGAAGAUGCUUGGACUGUUCCAUCUCAUGUGGAGCAGACGAAAGUCCUUCCUCCAAAGUCUAGACGAGCUGCAGGUAGAAGAAAGAAACGCAGAUACGAGACAGCCGAAGAUAAGAUCCGUUCGUCACAAGGAAAUCAAGGCUCUAAAGGUCGUAAAUGCAGUCGAUGUGGGAUUCGAGGGCACGAUAGGAGAACAUGUGAUCGAGCAAUAUAG